AUGGCAGUUAGAGAGGGAGGGGAAAAACCAUCAUAUAACCACCUCUUGAAGAGAUGUGAUGUUCCUCCUGCUACUCCUCCUCCAGCCCCAUCAGAACCUGCAGAACCAAGAGCAAUCAUGUUAUCGUUUAGAGACCUGCAAACAGCGACUCGAGGGUGGCGUACGGACUGUUUCGUGGCGAAAGGUCGUACGUGUGAGGUGUUCAGAGGCAUGUUAAAGAAUAAACAGAUAGUCGCCAUCAAAAGGCUACGGAAAGACCCGGCUAUGGUGAACCGGUUUCUCAGAGAAUACAAAUCCGAAAAGUCCUUUCUUCAUCAACUCCAUCAUGAAAACAUUAUUGAAUUGAAAGGCUUUUGUACCGAAUUGGAAGAGCUGAUGCUUGUGCUCGAAUUCGCACCCAAAGGAACAUUAUACGAUCGUUUACAUGGCUGGGAAAACCGAAUGAGGAUCGCGUUAGGAGCAGCAAGAGCGAUAGACUACAUUCAUCACGUAGUCCCUGGACCAGUUUUGCAUAGAGAUAUAAAGAGUACACACAUAGUAAUAGACGAAGGGUACAACGCCAAGUUAAUUGAUUUUGGUAAUGCUAUAUACGAGCCAAAGGAGACGCAUUAUAAUCAUAUUGUAGGUACAGAACCGUAUACCGCGCCCGAGUACAAACGGGAGAACCGACUAACAACCAAGUGUGAUAUCUAUGGAUUCGGAGUGGUGUUGUUGGAACUAAUCACGGGUCGGAAAGCAGCUCCGGAAGGCGACAUGAGGAUCAUGGAUUGGGCAACUGUGAGACUAGUAGCCACGGCAAAUUGGCCUACGCUUGUCCCAGGAAUGAUCGAUGAACGGAUACGUGAAACAGUUCCACCAAAAGAUAUGGUGAAGAUGAUGAAGUUAGCGACGGAUUGCAUACGAAGAGACAUUCUAGAUCGGCCUGAGGCAUCCCAAGUGGUUGCUCGGCUGCUAGAGAUUUCAUGUUUGGUACGUACGGCUCCCAGUAGCAGUGGAGGAGGGAUAUCAUGUUUAGAACAUACGAUUGCCACGAAUAGUAUUGAAGGAGGAAAUACAGUUGAGAACAGCCAUGGUCCACGGGAUGCAAAGGAUUUUGAAGUUUCGAUCGUUUUGUUAAAAAGAGAAUACCUGCUCGCUUCCAUCUUCCAUUCCCGAUCGAAGCACAUAUCCUCUUCCCCUUCCAUUCCCGAUCGAAGCACAUAUCCUCUUCCCCUUCCAUUCCCGAUCGUCCUUUCAUCGUCGGUUCCCGAUCAUCCUUCCAUCGUCGCACCCCGAUCGMCUCGUCUCCGGUCGCCUCUUCGUCGCCGCCUCGUCGCCGCUUCGUCGCCGUCGCCUUCCACAGCCUCACGUCGCCGUCUCGUCGCCUUCCACAGCCUCACGUCGCCGCCUCGUCGCCUUCCACAGCCUCGUCGCCUUCCACAGCCUCACGUCGCAUUUGGUUAG